AUGCCAUCCAAGUAUCAACCCGUCGCCAGUGACGACGUCGAGUUAGAGUCGCAUCUGGAUGCACCCUUGCUCGAUUUGGAUCCCCUUGAGGAUGGCCCAGCCGACGGCAAUGAUACCUUUCACCCUCGUUCUGAGCCAGUUCCCAGCUAUCGGUCCUCGCGAUGGGGCGUUCACUCACCCAAGCAGAUUGUUAUUUUGGUUUCCGUUAUCAAGUUUGCUGUUGUCUUUAGCGGCAUGUUGUUGAUGUUGCCUACUGCGCGUCUGAUUGAAGACAUGUUUUGUCAUAUACAUUACAAUGACACGUCAACAGACAUCAUCGAUGAAAUGAAGUGCAAGGUUGAUGAGGUGCAGUCUCAAUUGGGGUAUUUGUUUGGCUGGAAUGGACUUGUCACGUCUCUCAUUGGCCUUAUUGUAGCCUUUCCUUAUGGAACCAUGUCUGAUAAAAUUGGUCGCAAACCAAUAGUCAUGUUUUCCUGGAUCGGCAUUGCCAUUUGCUUCCUCUUUACCCCUUUUAGCAUCAAGGCAUUCCAUGGUUCUCUCCGAGACAGACCCUACCUUUUGGUACUAGGAGGCUUUUUCCAAGUCUUUGGCGGUGGUGUCCCGGUGUUGAUGUCUACUCUCUACUCCAUUGCCGCUGAUGUUAGCACGGAGGAAAACAAGUCAAAGCACUUUUUGUGGUCUGCCUUUGGUGCCACGGCGGGCGGUAUCAGUGGCCCCGCCGUUGCUGGUAUUCUGAUGAACAAGUACGGCCCCUGGCUUCCCAUAUAUCUCGUCUUGUUCACGGUUCCCAUCAUCAUGGGCGUCCUUGUUCUCCUUCCCGAAACCUUGACUGUCAAUGUCAAGAACCAGCAAGCCCAGAGUGGCAAAAGGGGACCGAGCACUCUAAAAGAGCACAUGUCACAUGGCGUCAAGGAUCUCCAACAAUCGCUCAACAUGCUCAAGAACGUGAGCGUCACCAUGAUCCUCGUCACAUUUUUUAUACAGAAUGCGCGUUAUGCGGCUUACACGACGACUAUGAGCCAGUACAUAAGCAAACACUUCAAAUGGGCAAUGGCUGAUGUGAGCCUGGUCCUCUCUCCCAUGGGUAUCCUCGAUCUGAUCAUUCUGGCUGGUUUGCCGAAAGUUGGGGAUAGGCUCAUGUCGUCUCGAUUUCGCAUGACGGCAUUCGGAAAGGACUUGUUCCUGACUCGCAUUUCAACUGUGAUGCUUGUCCUCGGCGCAUUCUGGCAAGGAUUGAGCCCCAGCGUAGUCAUGUUCUUCUUUGGUCUGUUCAUCGAGACCUUUGGCGCUGCCACGGGUCCGCUUGCUCGCGCAACAGUUACACACUACGUGCAACCCGAGUACACGGCUCGGCUGUAUGCUUUGAUAGGCAUGAUUGAAGUGGUGGGCUCGUUCAUCGCCGGACCAGUGUUGGCUUGGUGUUUUGACCAAGGGCUGAAACGAAAGGGAAUCUGGAUCGGGUUGCCAUGGUUUUAUGUAUCAUUUCUAUGUUUUGUCGCAUUGGUGGCUCUGUACUUUGUCAAGCCGCCCAAGAAGCGUUCAAGGGAAGAAGAAGUGAUCGAUAAUGAGGGAUACGAGACGGAUGAUUAUAUGCCUGAUGAUCCUUUGAGGCUUCGAUAG